AUGCAACAUGCGCCUACAUGGGAUCAGGAACGACAAGUCGUGCUUGUGCAACUCCAUCACAUCAUACUCGCACUCCGUUCGGGUCUCAAAUUUGGAUCAAAGGGCCGCUAUGCCAGUGGUGACAAAGUCCAUGAGCACCCACUUCUAUAUAGUGCUAUGGAGUUGCGCAAGCGGCUCUUAUCAUGCACUCAGAUGAGCCAUUUGGACUGGGCACCCUCAUACCAUCCCCUCGGCACGCACAGUCUAAACCGUGGCGAUUCGAAGCGCCAUGAGGUUGGGGAAAGUGGCAAUCUUCACUUACCUCAGGCCGAUGUCAGGGAUUUUUUUUCUACAGCAACAAAAUCGGCGCGCCGUUCAUCCUUUUCUCGAAUUCAUGAAUUGACGGAGUCUGAAAUACUAUCUCCAUUCUGUGAGGUCUGCCGUUGCCCUGAUAUUGGCGAGCCCAUCAUCAUUGUGGCCCUUUCCGCUAUUGAUACCAUACUUGAUUUUUCUCGCUCCAUCAUUACUGAAAAAGGAGUGAAGCUGGCAAUUGAGGCAGCCCUGAGCGUGCGGAGUAAAGCGUCCGAUCCCGCCGCCCACGAGGUUCUCCUCGCACGCACGGUGCAAGUGUGCGUCACCUGCAUGCGCCAUCCGGCCGCCGUGGAGCUGCCUGAGGACCUGUACAUCCGGAUUGUCCGCCGUACCUUGGUGAUAUCGUUCCGGUCGGAAGCCACGCCCCUUUUGAAGCGCGUCGCGGAGGGCUUCAUGUCUUUCCUGGUGACCUGCCUUUACAGCCGUGUGGUCGACCGGCAGAAGGCUUAUGCCCGUAUAGCCUUGGAGUCCGCAUCCUACCGUCAUCAGAGCUUCACUCAAGGGCUCACGACGGGAGGUGAGGCGACCUCCUCGAGGAUGAAGAUAUUCUCAACUCACGAUGGAAGCUUCACAUUCACCCCACUCGCGGUACCGCCCCUAGACGGUGCCUCUAUGAUGCGUUACAUCAGUUCUCUUAUAAGCACUGAGGUGACUCUGCUGGAUGCGGAAGGCAACAUGGUAUCGAAUGACGACAGUCUGGAAAAGGCGAGGAGCUCUGGGUUUACUGUGGUGUCCGAUCAGAACAAUCCUACAAUCCAGCUAGAGGGUCUUUCUUUGGCGCAAGCGGCUCUCUUAACUAUUCAAGAACACCUCUCCGACUCAUGCUCUGCCGAACUUUUAUCUGUCGUGCAGAAUAAUCUCUGUCGGGCACUACUGGUCGCGGCCAUGAGCACCACUCAUGUGGUUGUCUUCGCUCUGGUGCUGCGCAUCAUCCACAUUGUAGUUGAAAGCGCCGCGCAUGUAUUGACGCCGCAAAUUUUUAAUUUUCUUCGUUUUAUCCAUCUUAACCCGAUUAUCGCCCCUACAGCGAGGAUGGACCGAGUUAAUAGCUCUCAAUCCAAUAGUAUUCGUGCGAACCCCACUAAUUCUACUCGAAGUGCGACCACGCUGCUACCACUGAAUGCCAGGGUUCAUCGAUCUUUUGUUAGUGACACUUUAUUAGAUGACAUUCCGUAUUCGCGACCCAAUAACCCGCUCGAGUGUCGUGAGAUUCUACUAGAGAGUCUUGCUGAGUUCUGUAGCAAUCCGUCUUUUUGUAGCUUCUGUUUUCUUCACUACGACCUCUCGUGGCGAUGCCACUCUCUGCUCCCACAGCUGUGCGACGUGCUCGUUGAAAGUGCCUGUCCAUCCGCGAUGGGCAUUAAUAGCAAUAUGUCUCAGUCAGUCCUGUUAAAUGACAAUAGCAUGCAGGUCCAUCCCAGACCCAAUAAUGGGAAGGUGAGAGUAAAAGAUGAUGAUUCAGACGACAAGGGAGUUGAUAUACUUCCCAUUAGCCGAAUUGAGCUUGUUGCGCUUGACGCUGCCACGAGUAUGGUGUCAAACUUUGCCUCGCGAUCAUCGGAAAGCCCCUACUCAAUUCCUCAGGAUACCUCAGACAGGUGUAACAUCGUCACCUCGUGGAAGGCGACAGUCGAAAACAUGAUCACACAGAAGAGUCUAUUACUUAAAUUUGCUGCUCUUUUUGAGGAGUCCCCUCUAAAAAAAGGUAUACCAUUUUUAUUGGAAAAUUCUAUACGCCUGAAGGCGGAUGAGGGGAAACGCGAUGCCGAAAGCCAUCGCUUUUCGCUUGUGCUUGCAGAGCCAGCUGGGGGAUAUGAAAUUGGCCAAUGCUUAUAUCGCCUCAGUCAUUUGUUAAACAAGAAUGUUCUGGGCAACUAUAUUGGCGAACUUGGUACUGAAAGAGUACCAAAACCACCUGAGGAUCAGGUUGUGAUCCUUCCCGAUGGAACGUUCACUACCGCGGUAGAGGAGUGGGAGAAGAGUCGCUCUGAAGAUCACCUUCAACCAGGUACUGUGUGCUUUUUUCGUCGGCAGCUUGAGGGAUUUGUGGGGGAGUUUAAUUUUGAUAAUAAAUCACUGUUAACAUCUAUACGUGAACUGGUCUACCAUCUCUGCCUUCCAGGCGAGUCUCAGAAGAUUGAUCGCGUCAUCGAGGUCUUUGCCAAGCACUGGUACUUACACAAUGUAAAUUCUGAAAAGCACAUCAACCCCUUCAGCAGCGAAUCUGGCGCGUUUGUCCUUUCCUUUGCUAUCAUCAUGCUCAAUACGGAUCUACAUUCUGGAAAGAUUCAAAAAAGUAUGACUCAAAGCGACUUCAAGAACAUAAAUCGUUCCAUCGACAAUGGCAACAGCCUUCCCGAUGAAUACCUAUUCACCAUUUACAACGACGUGAAGCGUCACGAGUUGGUCAUGGCAGAAACAGUAAACCGAGACUUUGCAAACAAAGUGACGUGGGAUCUCGAGAUUAGCCGCUUUAGCUCUGAAUGUGAGGAUAACUUUGCGAUUUAUUACAUCAGCAACGCAAUUAAACAGUCUGAGGGAGGAGGGGUGCAACCACACUCCAUACACGCUUCAUCGGCUCCAACCCCGACUUGCUCCUUGCGGGAUGAAAAGAUACUCUCUGAGCUGGACCCAUAUGCUUUCAAUGUAAUACAAAGUCGCUGCUUUUUGAUCUUCAAACACCUUCUGGCGAAAUCAUGUGCACAGGUCAUGCGACUGAAUCCUCGUGGUUCUACACUCAAAGAUGCCUUGGAUGAUGCGCAUUCGAUCCUGCCGAAGGCAACAUCAGCUUUAUUAUCGAGUAUCCGGGGUAUUCGUAUGUUGUCUUGCUCGGCGACCGCACUAGGGAUGCAUGAGAUUUCCGACGAAUGUAUUAUGACUCUAUCGUCCUAUGUGCGCGUGAAUUUUUCUGAAGGCAUGGACGCGGUGGAUGAUUUGUAUCGAAACCUACCAACACUUAUCCUUAUUAAGGAGAUUUUCUCGCUCCUCUUCUGGACCACCCCAAGUCUGCAGAACAGCUGCUCGGUGGUGGGCAAUUUGCUGCUGAAUUUAUACUUUCUAGGCAUGCUUGCGGUGGAGACCGACCCCGGCGAGUGUUACCGUUGCUUAGCGGAGACCGUCUUCCGACCUCCAGAUUUCGCGGUCUUGCACGGCCUCGACCCCUCGCGGAGCCAGACGCAGACAAAGAAGAGCGUGGGGUGGCUUGCCGCCUUGUGGGGGAGCGCCUUCAACUCAAGCGAAAAUGAGGACCCGCAGGGGGAGGGCCCCAGCUCGAGCCCCGCGCUCGGCCUGCAGCUCGAGGCUCGCGUGCGGGAGUGCGUCCCGAAUAUGGAGGAUAUCCUUCGCGUCAUCUGCAAUCUCCCGAUCGCUGCCCGUGAGCGGUUGCUGCGGGUUCUCAUGGGUGUCGACUGCGGUUCCGCUUCGCCUGGGCAUUUUCGAGGGAUGAAGUCGAACUCACUGUCGGUCUGCUGCUAUAGGCUCAGUUUCGUUACGGCGUGCGUGGCGGCAACAACGUCCUACCCUGAAAUGGCGGAGCUGUUCGAUUCGUAUCUGGGGUACCUACAGAGCGUGCUCAACGUUUACUUUGCGGCGGGCGACGGUCGUGGGCGAAUGGAUCCGGACCUGGAUGACAGAGACGCCUCGACUCACCAACUCUCGAGUGGCAAGAAGACGAGUGUGACUGCCCCGUCGAUCGAUGAAAAGGUCAUGAGGGAAACCGUCAGCACGGUUUUAAAGAUUUUGCAGUCGAUUUAUUUUCGCAGAAAUAGUAUUGCAAUCUCUGCCACUAUUGUACCGAGGAUUUCUAGAGUGUUCUUGUCAGUGCCGAAGCCAGCCUUCAAUGACUUUGUGGCACUUCCACUCGUCAAAUUUUUGUCGUUAUGGAUCAUAGACAUGGUUCUUGACAAAGCCGAACCCUGCCUGAGAAACAGUUAUAUUCAAAAUAAUUCGAAUCCUUCCCUUACCCUCAAAUCGUACGUUUCUAUGGUGGUUGGAUUCUUGGUUGACAUCGUUGCACGACUGGACGUUCCCGCGUUCGACCCAAGUGUGCUCACCGAGAUUGGCACUAUUUUACUACGCUUUGCAAAAAUUGUGAUGUACGACGUGGCAUCUGAGACAGAGGUGUUCCUUAAGCUGGCGCUAAGUCUCGAAAUUUUGGAUAGAGAGCAGAGACAUCGACGGCAAUCGCAGGGGUUGUUCUCCGCCGACUCUACUUCUGCCCACAGGGUUGAGAGGGAUUUGGGAGAGUUUCAGCGGUCUUCUUCAUCCCCGGCUUCGUCGGAGGAGAACAUGUUUGCGGAGAUCCUGGGCCUUUGCUGUGGCAAUGUUGUUCGCCUGCGGAAAGUUCUGACCUCUUCUUUUGUGAAUACGCACCACAGAGCCGAAGAAGGACUUCGGAAGACUUCUGAGGAUAGUAAAACUUCACCCCAAUCUAGCGUUAACUGGCAACAGUUAUGGAUCCUGUCUCUUCAAAGUCUGUCAAGUCUCAUAUUAUCCUCUCCGAUGGGCUCACGAAGUAGGAGGAGCGCCAUGCUCGCACUUCAGCACGCGGUUCUGGAUAUGGAACCAGGAACUCUGGAUGCUGCUACCAUUGGAUCUGCCUACGAAAUGGUUUUAUUCCCUCUCACGGAAACGGUAUGCGCUUCUUCAUCCACUUUAGCUGCCUCCACCGCCGUUUCACCGGAACUAUGCGCAGCGGACCCUUCGCAUGCUCCAGCAAUUCAGUAUUCCUCGGGCGCUUCGGGGGUCUGGGUCGCCUCGCUACAGCAGCUAGUGUUACCGCCAUUAUCAGUCAAAGUACGACCUGCCUCUGUGGAAGACAAAAGUUGCAUUAUUAACAUUCUUUCCAAAGUAUUUUUACACCAUAUGCCGAUUCUGGAGGGGAUGCCUGAGAUAUUGUGGGCACUAUGGCAGUCCAUUCUGAGUACCCUCUAUGCCGUUUAUACAGCCUCACUUGCUGUUCAAGACGAGGUUCUUAACGAGAAUGAUAAGGUAUCGUUGCCGAGAAAUAAAUGUGUGGAGACUGAGUACCUUAUGGAAGAGGCUUCUCUAUUGCAAAUGGCUGUCGAGGAAACAGUGAAGAAUAUGAUCUACGUCGUAGCAUCUUCGGGAGGCAAUGUGCUGUCACUGACCUUGUCUGGACAGGCAUCCUCGUUUCCGGCUUUUACUCGAAGUCUUAUUUCACCUUUUCCCUUCUCGGGACCGCUUCUUGAGUUUUUGGACAAUAUCUAG